AUUUUUGUGUGAAAAUAGCAUAGUGCCGUUAGUGUCAUGGUAACAAAUUGUUUCGUUUUUAAUAAUAAUCUUUUGGUGAUUGUUACAAUAUAUUUUUUUAAUAAAGCGCAGCAUUUUUGAUUAAGUGAAUAUGAAAAUUGCUGUCGAAGGUUGUGCUCACGGUGAGCUGGAAAAAAUUUAUGAAACAAUACAGAGCAUUGAAAAUGAGGAGGGCGUCAAAGUGGAUUUGUUACUUUGCUGUGGCGACUUCCAGGCUACACGUAAUUUGGAGGAUUUGCAGACAAUGGCUGUCCCACAAAAAUAUUUGGAUAUGUGCUCAUUCUAUAAAUACUACAGUGGUGAGCUAGUUGCGCCAAUACUUACGUUAUUUAUAGGUGGUAAUCAUGAAGCAUCCAAUCAUCUGCAGGAACUACCGUACGGCGGCUGGGUAGCGCCGAAUAUAUACUACCUGGGAUAUGCUGGCGUAGUAAAAGUAAAUGGCAUCCGCAUUGCAGGCCUGUCCGGUAUUUAUAAAGGCCACGACUAUUUGCGUGGGCGAUACGAAUUCGCCCCCUAUACCGACGCCACUCGUACAAGUGUCUACCAUGUUCGCCAGCUCGAAGUGUUCCGCCUGAAACAACUCUCUGAUUCAAUCGACAUAUUUAUGUCACACGAUUGGCCCCGUGGCGUUUACAACUAUGGCAAUAAAUCGCAAUUAGCUCGCUUCAAACCUCAUUUCCGUGACGAAAUGGAUAAAGGCCAGCUUGGGAGUAGGCCUUGUGAAGAUUUGCUCAAAUUGCUUAAACCGAAAUACUGGUUUGCUGCACAUUUGCAUUGCAAAUUCGCUGCUUUGGUGACGCAUGAUGAAUUGGAUGAAAGCAGAGAAGUUCCCGAAAGUAGUUAUGAAAAUCUUAGUUUAAGGAAAAAAGCAACGAGUGAAGACAGUGAAGGGCGUGUUACCAAAUUUCUUGCCUUGGACAAGUGUUUGCCAAAACGUCGUUUUUUGCAGUUGCUUGAUAUUGAAACUCCAGUUUCCGAGGGUGAUAUACGUUUGGAAUAUGAUCCUGAAUGGUUGACAAUUCUCUAUUUAACUAAUAAUUUAACCAACGUGAAGAGUGCAAAAUACUAUCUACCGGGUCCACAUAAUGCAGCAAGUACUGAACGUUAUAACUUUAAACCAACAACCGAUGAAAUGGAACAUGUACGCAACAAGUUUGCUUCAGACUUAUUUGUGCCCAAUAAUUUCGUACGCACAGUUGAGCCCUACAAUGCUAGCGAAUCCAGUAAUGGCUAUACGACGCAGCCUAAAGCGGUAAUUAAUCCACAGACUCAACAAUUCUGCGACGCUUUAGGUAUUGAUGAUCCCGUAAGUCUAGCGCUAAUAAUUGGUGGACAAGAGCUUAGCUAUUCCAGUGCGUUGAAUGAAAGCACUGACACAGAGUUCAACGAUUCUGCAACGUCCGUUCAAACGGAGCAGUCGAGCUUAAAUAUGUCAAGCAGUACUGGUGAUGCGCCAUCACCGCGGCAAAUUAGUCCUUUCAAGCGAAAAACCAGUAGUAGUCUGAAUUUGCCCAAACCCAUUUCGGAGAUAGAUGGUGCAGAGGGUGAAUUUCAGGAAAAAAUAAAUUCUGAUGAACUGCAUCUAGGUAAUAGUUCUGCUGAUGAGGCAGAAAAGGAAGAUAAAGCGCCCGAGAAUGUAAACGAGGUGGAUAGUGAAAUGAACGCUUUGAAUGUGAAACCACCUGUCAAGAAAUUCAAGCGACGAAAUCAGAGCUUAUAUAUGAAUGAAAGCAAAGAAGAUGAAUGAGAGCAGAAUUGAUAAUAGUACAUAGCGAUAGAGUUAAAUUAUCGUGUGAGAACUGGCCUACUAGCGAUGUUCAAAGUGUAUGAUCUUACAACUUUUUUAAAUUAAAAAAGUAUAACAUGUAAUAUUUUAAUGAUUUCAAUCAUGAAGCAAUUUUGACUGCAAAUGGGUAUUUUACAAGGCGAAUCUAUUAAAGGCGGUAUCGGUAAAUCAGCUGGUUUAUUUUUUUCUUUCGCGGUGUUUAUGUGGCUGUCAGCCCAGAAUGAAACAAAAGAGAAUUUAUUCUUUCUUUUCUACUUUGCCAAUACUUUUCUUUGACAAUCCAACGUACAAAAUAUUGUUGUUGGUUUAGUGCCACCACCUUUAAUGAAUACGCCUUAGGUAUUUUAUAACCAAGAUAAGUUGAUAGAUAUCUCAAACACCUUUUAAUUAAAAUCAAAUAAAAUAUUUAACAAUAUAUUGCCACAUA